AUGAACUGGCCGUUCCUCCUCAACUCGAUCGCAUUAGCAUCCGCGGCCACCUUGUUGGGGGCCAACAAGAAGAUUGGAGAUGAGGCGAACGACGAGAUGUUUCAGAAUUUCGCCCAUCAAGCCAUCAGGGAAUAUAAUCAGCAGUCGAACGAUUUGUUUAAGUGGGACUUUGUCCGAAUCGACGACUCUCAUAAGCAGCUCGUCAACGGCGAGCGCUACACCCUGAACUUGGUGCUCGGGCAGAGCGAUUGCCGGAAAACGGGUAACGACAUCCAGCGAACCGAUUGCCGGCUGACAGCACGUGAAAAAAAAUGUGUGGCCAAGAUUACCCGCCGCGUCUGGGAGAACUACGAGCAUAUUGAGGCCAGUAAAACAAUAGAAGUUUUGCAUAAAGCCGACGAGUUGAAGACGCACAACACGAAGAAAAACUUCUUCAAAGCGGCACAUCUCCAAAACGAGCGUGCGUUCAUGACGACCGAUGGUGGCAGAGUGGCUGUCACAGCCCAUAUCAAGCGUAGCGACUUUGCCGCUUGGAAUAUGUUUGCCGACUACUCAGAGAACUACGACCGCUCCUACAAAGACAAGCACACCGUACUCCAACGUUUCCGUAACUUCAAGCGGAACCUUGCAUAUGCGAAGAAUUUGCAGAAACGGGAGCAUGGAACCGCCGUCUACGGUGUAACGAAAUAUUCGGACAUGACGAGGAAGGAGUUUGCGAAGGUGUACCUUCCAAAAAUCUGGGGCGAGCCGGCGAAGCCGAAUAAGAAGGUCGACAUCGAGGAUUACGGUGUCACGCUCGAAGACCUCCCGGAAUCGAUUGAUUGGCGCGACAAGGGAGCCGUCACUGGGGUCAAGAAUCAGGCUUCAUGCGGUUCCUGUUGGGCCUUCUCUACCACCGGCAACGUCGAGGGACAGUGGUACCUAGCCAAGGGAAAGCUGGUGUCAUUAAGCGAGCAAGAGCUAGUCGACUGCGACGGACUCGAUCAGGGCUGUAAUGGAGGCCUCCCCAGCAAUGCUUACAAAGAAAUCAUGCGCAUGGGCGGCCUGGAAUCCGAGGACGACUAUCCGUAUAGUGGACGGCAAGAGGGCACCUGUAAAAUCAUCAAAAAAGACCUCCGCGUCUACAUCAACGACUCGGUUGAGAUUCCGCACGAUGAGGUGCAAAUGCAAGCUUGGCUAGCGCAACGAGGACCGAUUAGCAUUGGCCUGAACGCCAACACGCUCCAAUUCUACCGCCAUGGCAUUACGCAUCCCUGGAAGAUGUUCUGCGAGCCGUUCAUGCUCAAUCAUGGUAUUUUAAUCGUCGGCUACGGAGAGGAAAAGGGAAAGCCCUACUGGACGAUCAAAAACUCGUGGGGAACCAACUGGGGCGAGCAGGGCUACUUCCGACUGUAUCGUGGAAAGAACGUCUGCGGCGUCCAGGAGCUCCCCACGUCCGCAAUCGUGAAA